GGCAACCAAAAAACCCUAGAGUUCUAUCAGAAUCUACAAGCCGAGAAACUACGAAAACACUCUCUUAAUCGUGGGAUUUCCGAGUUUGCUAUGGUUGCAGAUAUGAAUAAUCUAUCCUCACUUUCUGAGGAAAAGCUGAAGGAUCUGAAGAAGCUGUCGCGAUUCCUGGACAUAAGUAACUUUGUAGUAUCUGCACUGGCAUUUCUGAUCUUCUGGUCCGGAGGACUCGUACCAAUUCCAUUGUCUCACAAACUUGGCGUCUAUGGAAAAUAUGUGUGGAAUGUGGUCGUUUUGGUUGUCAUUGUCACCGCUGCAAUGGUUACUCGACGUCAGACUUGUGGGAAACUAGACUCGUGGAAGACUAAGUAUUAGACGUUUUUUUGGUUUUAACUUUUAGUUUUUGGAUUUCUUGAGGAUUUUUUUUUCAAAUAAAAAAGGAAAUGUUCCCUGGUUUUAAUGAAGACAUAUAAAAUUCUAAAAAACAAAUACCAAUGCAUUAUUAAUCCAAUUCUCUAAGAAGCUAAGUUGGAAAUAAAUAGAUAGAAGAAGAAGAAGCUGUAUAUAGAGG